AUGAUGGAAAAGCAUGCAUCGGCUGUUGAUCCCGCGGCCGCCCAGCGCCACGCCAAGAAGCAUCGGUGGAACGUGAAGCUUGCCGGUCUCGCUCUGGUACUCGUCGCAGCCGCCCUCUACGGCGACAUUCCGAGUCUCGCAUACGAGAGCUUGCGUCCUCAUCUCGAACUCUGCAAUGGCAGCCGCAAUAGAUCAUCGCCAUAUGGUCGAUUCCCCGUCCCUGAUGACCCUUUCCAAUUUCUACCGUGCACGAACGCGACCUCGGUACCCGCCCUCGAUGAUCCCAAUCCCAAACGAUCGUGGGCGCGUCUCUUCGACCCGGACCCCGAGCAUUGGAGCUGGGGUCGCACGGUAAAUGGGGAUGCUGCGCAAAGGGACGACAAGUACGCGGGGCGUGGGAUCUACAUGUGCGGCUACUUAGACGUCCCGCUCGACUACACAAAUCAUUCGGAGCCGCGCAUUGCCCGUCUCGCAGUCACCAAGUUCCAGGUAUCUGGUCUUGCACGGAUAGACUCACGUAUCGAUUAUACCGCGACCCCGCGACCAGGAAGCAAGAGCAAGAGAACAAUUGUCAUCGAACCAGGUGGUCCGGGUGGUAGUGGCACAUCAUAUGCAUGGCGGGUAGCCCAGAAUGUGACGGAGCGCUUCAGUGAUGGUCAAUUUGAUGUCUUGGGUUGGGAUCCUCGUGGUGUCAAUGCAUCGCUUCCUGCUGUUUCUUGCUACCCUGCCAAUGCCUACCGUGACCGCUGGUCGCUCCUCACGGGUCAAUAUCGAGAGGUAUCCGCACCCGAGGCGCAGCUUGAGCUUGCAGAUGCCAUGAAUGCUGCACUGUUCCGAUCUUGUUGGGAGCGUCAUGGCGACCUCGGAAGAUUUGUUAGCACUGCAUUCGUCGUGCGUGAUCUCGAAGAGAUCCGUAAGGCCCUUGGAGAGGAUGAGCUGACUGGAUAUCUGGUCAGUUAUGGCACGGGCAUCGGCCAGACAUACGCCAAUAUGUUCCCAAACAGUGUUGGCCGCAUGAUCCUCGACGGCACUGAAUAUGUGAGGGAUCAUCGCCUCCUGGGAGGCUUUGGUUGGACGGCGCUCGACAAUAUCACAGAUGCCUGGCACGAUGGAUUCCUUGGGGAGUGCAUCAAUGCCGGGCCAGAGUAUUGCGCGCUGGCUCGUUCUUUAGAUGGAAACAAAGUGACACUUGAGGACCUGGACAGUCGAAUGAAUAAUCUGAAGGUUUCUCUUAUGCAACGACCAGCAGUGAGUUAUUCGGAAUCAAUCGGACCCUCGCUCGUCACCUACUCAUCUUUAGUUAAUACCAUAUACGGGGCUCUCUACAACGCCGAGAUGUGGCCAACACUAGCACAAGCCCUAUUUGAGCUUGAAGGCGGCAAUUCCUCCCUCGUCACUGAACUGUUGGAGAAGGCCGAAUGGAUAUAUAAUCCUGCGUCGCCGCCCUCACGCCUUCCCUAUACCCCAGGCUUGGACCUCGGUGCCCUCGUAAUAUGUAGCGAUGCUUACGAUGCCCCCAUGCCCGCCGAUGGUCUGGCUUGGUGGAACUCCCUCUGGGCCAAUAUGACCUCUCAAUCCUGGAUCGGAGGCAAUUCUCGUUUCUUCGACGUGUUCCCUUGCCGGCACUACGCGACUUACUGGCCUGAGCCCGCUGAGGUGUACCGCGGGGACUUGAAUCACACACUGAAACACCCAGUCUUACUGAUCGCGGAAACGUACGAUCCAGCUACGCCACUCCGCAAUGGAAGAAGGCUUCUGGCCGAGAUGGGUUCGAACGCUAGGCUUAUAGCUCACCAUGGAUAUGGCCACGCUUCCCGAGACAAGUCUUCGUGCACGGACAGGAUAGCAAAAACCUACAUUCUUGAGGGCAACCUGCCCGAAGAGCCGGAGACGGCUUGUUAUGCCGAUGGAAAGCCCUAUUUAUAUAAUACUAAGACCACUGAAAUAAGCUCCGCAUCCAUAACGGAGAUGGCGGCUUUAUGGAGAGAACAGCUCCAAGAGCUUGCCUUUUCGAAUCCUAGAAUACUAAGUUAA